CGGCGCUGUGUGGGCUUGGCGGCUCGGUGUCGGAGCCUCGCGUGUGCUGCUGGGGCGUGCCUGGCGGUGGGAACCCUCUGGUAGCUGACGUGUCAUGAGGGAAAAGCCGUUUAACCCCCUGCCUGCCCCUUGUGCUGACUAAUUAAAUGUAUUAAUGGAAAAAGAAAAAAGUUAGAUGGUAAGAUAGCUGAAUAUCUUUUCAGUUCAAUGGAAUCUUCAGUGGAAAGCAACAUGUAUGCAAACAAAGUAUGGGUUCAGUGUGAGAAUGAAAGUUGUUUGAAGUGGAGAUUGUUGUCAAGUGAGGAUGCAGCUAAAGUUGAUUGCAAUGAGCCUUGGUAUUGCUUCAUGAACACUGACACAAGAUAUAAUAAGUGCUGUAUUUCUGAAGAAGAUUUUCCUCAGGAGUCUCAGCUUUCUCAAAGUGGAUUUAAGAUCGUCUAUUCCCAGCUCCCUCUUGGAAGCCUCGUUUUGGUAAAAUUACAAAGCUGGCCAAGUUGGCCAGGGAUACUUUGCCCUGAUCCUUUUAAAGGGAAAUAUGUGACUUAUGACAUGGAUGGAAAUGUUGAACGAUAUCACAUAGAAUUCCUCGGUGAUCCCCAUUCCAGAUCAUGGAUAAAUGCAUCAUUUGUUGGACAUUGUAGUAUGAUUAUAAAGCCUGGAGAAUGUAAGACUAGAAAGAAGUGGUAUCUGAGUGCGCUGCAAGAGGCACGCCUGCUCUAUGGAUUGUCUCACGAGCAGAGACUGCGCAUGUGCUGCCUGGCCAACCGCGAUAAAUCAAAAACAGGUGCCAAAGUUGCUAUGGUGGCCAAGAAAACGACGAAAAUUUCCCAAAAUAAUGCUGAAAAGAAAACAGCCAAACCUCGAAAAAGGAAAAGGGAAGCUAGUUUGAGAUGCUCUUUUGAAAAUGUGUGUUCUGAUGAAGCCUUGUCAAAGGAAGACAUGGUUGUCUCUGAGACGGAAGUUUUACUAGAAGAGCUGGAGCAAAUGCUACAGCAAGUACUAGAACCCCCAGCAACAGCUGACAAGUCUGAAGGACGUGGAGAAGAAAUGAACGCCAGAGAAAAGUUACCAAAAUACAGUCCUGAAGCUCCUGCAGGCCAUCAAUUUGAAAGCCACUAUGAAGAAGACUAUCUUGUAAUUGAUGGGAUAAAAUUAAAAGCUGGAGAAUGUAUUGAGAGCAUAAGCAACAAGUUUAAAGAAAUAGAUGCUUUGAUGUCUGAAUUUUAGAAUAUUCUGCAUAUUUUCAGUAGUUAAUUAUGAAAACAUUAUCAUCUUUAUAUUUCCCUUAAGCACAACACAAGAAAUGAGGUAGGUACACAUUACGCCAGGGUUCAUCUGUGUAACAUCUUCCCGCUUUGCAUUUUGAAAAUGUUCAUGGUUUUGAGAACCAAUAAAAUGGUAUUUAAGUUAAUGUUGUAUAUUUAGAAUUUAAAAAGCCUUUGAUGACUUUAUUUUUAGCUUUUAUUUUUAUUUUUUGCUUUAAUUUUAAAAUGAUUCAUGAAGCUUGCUUUCACAAACACAUGCUUUGUAAUGAUUGUUUAGGCACUUUGUUCAAAUGUGGUUAAAUUAAAAUGCCUUCCCAAGCUAUUUUAACUCUCAGAGAUAAUUCAAAUCUAAUUUUGUUAGAGAAUGUGUAUUUGAAGUGAAAUGAAACUAUUACAAAGUAAGAUGAAAUAAAAUUAAA